GAUCGGUCCCCCCCGGCUGUUCCUUGUGUGCCUGCCCCUGCUUUAGAGGCGCGCAUUGCUGCGACUUCAUGUCCCGAGGCGGUAGUGGUGGAGCCAGCCUUGUGCCCCGUACCGAAUAUUGCACUUAAUCGAUGACCCCAACUGAAUGCACAACUAGAAGGUUGGCUUUCUCAAGUACAGUCCACAAAGAGACCUGCAAGAGCCAUUAUUGCACCCCAUGCAGGAUAUACCUAUUGUGGAUCUUGUGCAGCCCAUGCUUACAAACAAGUGGAUCCUAAUAUUACCCGAAAAAUUUUCAUUCUUGGGCCUUCCCAUCACGUGCCCCUUUCCCGAUGUGCACUUUCCAGUGUGGACAUUUAUAGAACACCUCUGUAUGAUCUCCGAAUUGACCAAAAGAUUUAUGGAGAAUUGUGGAAGACUGGAAUGUUUGAGCGUAUGUCCCUACAGACAGAUGAAGAUGAACACAGUAUUGAAAUGCAUUUGCCUUAUACUGCUAAAGCCAUGGAAAGCCAUAAGGAUGAGUUUACUAUUAUUCCUGUGUUGGUCGGAGCACUGAGUGAGUCAAAAGAGCAGGAAUUUGGAAAACUCUUCAGUAAAUACCUAGCUGAUCCUAGUAACCUCUUUGUGGUUUCUUCUGACUUUUGCCAUUGGGGUCAGAGGUUCCGUUACAGUUACUAUGAUGAAUCCCAAGGAGAAAUUUAUAGAUCCAUUGAGCACCUAGAUAAAAUGGGUAUGAGCAUUAUAGAGCAGCUAGAUCCUGUAUCUUUUAGCAAUUACUUGAAGAAAUACCAUAAUACAAUAUGUGGAAGACAUCCUAUUGGCGUGUUAUUAAACGCUAUCAACGAGCUCCAGAAGAAUGGAAUGAAUAUGAGCUUUUCAUUUUUGAAUUAUGCUCAGUCAAGCCAGUGUCGAAACUGGCAAGACAGUUCUGUGAGUUAUGCAGCUGGAGCACUUAUGGUCCACUGAACCGCUGAAUGCUCAGGGAUGGCGCCUGCACACACUCUGUAUACGGGGUCCCAGCCUAGCCCUUACAAAGAUACAGUCCCCGGUCUUUGGGUAUACUGAAACCUCAAAAUAAUAGAACUCUCUUCUUUUCUAGUAGGUGUAGUCCUUCCUUAGUUUCAACUCAUUUAAAAAUGCUUUCUUGUUUAGGACAAUGGAAGGAAGGCUGGUAUUGAAACAUUCUGUGAUUUUUUUUUUAUUUUUUUUUUUUUUUUUUAAUUUGGAAAAGAUAAUGGCUAUGAAGGCAUGGUGGCAGACAGUCCUUACAAAUACAACAUGUAAAGCAUUUACCAUAUCCUAAAUUUGCACUCUUUGCAGACCUGUGCACAUGUACUCAGCUUUCAGAAUAGUUUUGCAAGUUGUAAACGGAAAAAGGGGUGGAAGCUUUUUAAUAAAAGAAAAAAAGGAAAACAACGCAUUUAUAAAUGAUCCUGUAUUAGAAUAUAAUAAAACUCCAGUAUAGUCAGUUACUACCCAUGAUGUACAACAGAUAUCUUCUAUUUUAGUUGCUAAUAAAGGGCUACACAAACCAAAA